CGCCAAGGCUGUUCCUCGGAAUCGUCAUCCUUGUCACGAGCUCCAAGGCAAAAGCAACCUCAGUGAUCCAAGAACAACGUCAGCAACACUUCAACCCCAACCUAACCACUACAUCUACGCCUCUACAGACCCACAAAUCUAUCAAAGCAUCGAGAACAAAAGCAAUGGCACCCUCCCUCGAACUCUCCAUCCCCUCCACCAGCCUCUCAACAGCCGACUCCUCAAAACCCUAUACCCUCUACAAUAUCACUCUCUGCUUGCCUCUCCGCACCUUCGUCGUGCAAAAGCGCUACUCUGACUUCGUGUCCCUCCACCAAUCCCUCUCCUCCAUCAUCCCCUCUCCCCCGCCAGCCCCCUUACCAGCGAAAUCCUGGUUCAAAUCCACAGCCUCCUCGCCCGAACUGACAGAAGAGCGACGGAAAGGACUCGAAGCGUAUCUCCGCGCCAUCGCCGAGAACCCCGACCGGCGAUGGCGGGAGACGUCGGCCUGGCGGUCGUUCUUAAACCUGCCCAGCACCGGGGGCGCGAGCAGUGCGGGUUCUACGCGGAAGGAGCUGGUCGAGGCGAAUCAGAGGUUAGGCGGUAAUGCGGGACUGCUUGCCAGUGAUCCGGGCGUGUGGCUGGAUCUGCAUCGCGAGAUGAAGGGGCAGCUGCAUGAUGCGAGACUGUUUCUUGGGAGGAGGGAUGGGGCGACGACGGCGCAGGGGCAGUAUGAGGCGGGUGCGAAUGCGAAAAGGUGUCUUGUGAAGGCUGCGGGACUUAUUGGGAAUCUAGAGGAGGGGCUGAAGAUUUUAGGUGAAGGGGAGAAGAGGGGGGAGGGUGGGAGUAGAAUUGGUGCUGGGGAGUUGAGACGGAGGAGGGAUUUACUUGGUAGUGCGAAGGUCGAGAGGGAGGGGCUGGAGAAGCUGGCUGUUAGUCUUGCGGUCAAGGGGCAGAACGGGAAGGGUGAGAAUGGAGGGGCGGGGGCGACGGCACAGGAUAAGAAUGCGUUGUUUGGACCCGGGGUGAGCAGGCCGAGUGGGAGGGUUCUGGGGGCGCCGGUGCCGGAAACGGAUAAGACGAGGCAGUUGGAUAAUGAGGGCGUGGUUCAGCUGCAGCGGCAGUUGAUGCAGGAUCAGGAUCUGGAUGUCGAGGAGCUAGCGAAGAUUGUGAGGAGGCAGAGGGAGAUGGGGCUGGCGAUUCAUGGGGAGUUGGAGCUGCAGAAUGAGAUGUUGGAUAGGGUGGACAAGGAUGUGGAUAGAGUGAAAGGGAAGAUUGAUAUUGCGAAGAAGAGGGUUAGCAAGAUUUCGUGAGAAGUGUGUAAGAUUGGUCUUUGGAUUCUGCAUCAGCGUGGCGUUCGUCCGGCUGGGGUUAUGUUGUAAAUUGUAGCUCUUUUAAUAAUCAGAACAUGUUCGUCGCCGUAGCAGCGUAGUCACGCCUGCGUUUGUGCUUCAUAUCUGCUGUUGGCUUCUGCGAAUCAUUUUGGGCCCGUUUUGUGCACUUGCAGUCCAUUGAAUCAUGAAAUCUUGUAAUUUGAACGCUCUGAUAUGACUAGAAUUGCUGUAAACAUUACCCCUGAAUCAGUCAUGCUCGCGAUCUGAAGACCUAGCUGCUGCUUGCUUUGUGAUCUCCAUGGGGCCUUGCC